CGAGGGGAAGUGGUGGGUGUGGAGCCAGUAGCGACAACAUGCGCUAGAAAUACUACCGGCUUUUUUAGAUUUUCUGCCCGCCUCGCCCGCAACCCGAUGCUGCUGUACUCCUUGCUCUUCUCAGUCCAGCUAUUCCCCCAUAGACUUCGCACCAACCCCUCGCACACACCGAAGAGAGGGAAAAAAAACUUCUUUUUUCGGAAAAAGGAGAGAGCGAAAAUAAUACUCCUCCUCUACUGUCCAACCGCUGACAUCAAGGCAGGACAGGCAAGAGAGACGAGCUCGGCGUGGUGAGGUGAAGCUUAGGGAGUAGCCAGCUGGCUGCAUUGCAUUGCAUUGCAUUGGACGGGAGGGAUCGCUGCCGCCGCGGGGGCUCGGAUCUUGGCCGCCUUGGCGCUCGAGCAGCUUCGCAACUGCUGGUUGCUUGGUUUGGUGGUUCGCCCAUUGGCGGCGAGGGUCCAGCGCGGCGUGAUCUGGCGCGCGGCCACUUGCGUUAGGAGGCCUGGAUCUUGAGGCGCCCCUGUCGCCGCCGCAAGCGUCCGGGGGCAGUGGGCUCCGUCGCCACAGUUCACUGAGCUGCCGGCUGGGUGCGGCGGGCGGGAGAUCUGACCGUCGGCGCGGAGCUGCAGAUCCCCUGCCUGCGUGGGCACGAGUCGUUGUUGUGGAGCUUCUUGCGGGCGGUGGUGGCGAUGGGGUACAGGUACGUGGAUCCCUUCCUGCCCCCGCAGCAGGCGGCGGCGUCUGCGUACGUCGCGCCGGCGGACGGGCAGCCGCAGGCGCCGCGGCCGCCGGGUUGCCCGUACUCGUCGUCAGCCUCGGCGCCUCCCGUCUCCGCGUCAUACCAUUCUUGGCCUCCGGCGACGUCGCCUCCGCCCGUCAGUAGCCCGCCUCCUGGAUCCCCUCCACCAGAGCCAUUGCCAUCGUCGCCGCCGCCACUGGUAGCAUUGCCGCCGCCGCCGCUGGCAUUGUCUCCUCCCCCACCUGACGCGUCCCCUCCAUCGCUUCCGCCGUCGUCCCCACCCCCGUCGCCACCUCGAGUCGAGGUGAGCGCCCCGCCUCCCCCGCUAGCGACGGACCAGCCGCGCGUUCAGCCCCGAGUGUACCCGUCACCGCCACCGCCAUCCCUUCCCCCGCCGCCGCCUCCCAACGUCUCGCCGCCGUCGGCGCCUCCAUCCGACUCACCGUCGCCAUCGCCUGCUCCAGCUGCACAAGCUCCAGCUCCCGUGCGGGUUGCUGCCUAUUCGCCUCCCCCGCCAAGAAUCGCAUCUCCACCGCCUCCGCACUACCACGUCAAGCCGCACUACGUGAUGCCACGCUCGCCCGGGAAGUCGCGUUCGAACUCGACCCACGCAGCUAGUGGCAGCGGCAAGAACAUCGAGAUAUCCAGGGAGGUGGCCACCACCAUUGUAGCACUCGCUGGUCUCGCCAUGCUCAGCUUUAUUGGCGCCACCAUUUGGUUCGUCAAGAAGAAGCGCCGGCGGAUAGAGCCUCCGGCGACACUGCCCACACAGCAACCAGCUCCCCCGCCACCGCCCAACUACAUCCCAUCGUCCGCUGGAUCCUCACUGGCAUCCGAUGGGUUCUACAUUAGAUCACCGGGGUAUCCUUUCAUGAGGAUCAGUUCUGGGAGCCAUGGAUUUCCAUACUCACCGGCCGACUCUGGUAUAGGGUACUCCAGGAUGCUCUUCACGCCAGAGAAUUUGGCAGCAAUCACAAAUGACUUUGCAGAGGAGAACCUUUUGGGAGAAGGUGGAUUCGGGUGCGUGUACAAGGGUAUUUUGCCAGACGGUCGCCCUGUUGCUGUCAAGAAGCUCAAGAUCGGGAAUGGGCAGGGCGAGCGUGAGUUCAAGGCUGAAGUUGAUACUAUCAGCAGAGUACAUCAUAGACAUUUGGUUUCGCUAGUAGGCUACUGCAUCUCCGAUAGCCAGCGGAUGCUUGUUUAUGAUUUUGUUCCCAACAACACGCUUUACUACCACCUCCAUGUAAGUGAAGCAGCUCUUGAUUGGCGAACGAGGAUUAAGAUUGCAGCUGGAGCAGCUCGUGGAAUUGCUUACCUGCAUGAAGAUUGUCAUCCACGGAUUAUACAUAGAGAUAUUAAAUCAUCCAAUAUUUUAUUGGACAACAGCUUCGAAGCUCAGGUUUCUGAUUUUGGACUUGCAAGGUUAGCGGCUGAUUCCAAUACACAUGUCACCACACGUGUCAUGGGGACAUUUGGGUACUUGGCUCCAGAGUAUGCAUUGUCCGGCAAGCUGACAGCAAAAUCUGAUGUAUAUUCUUUUGGAGUAGUUCUUUUGGAGCUUAUUACAGGAAGAAAACCUGUUGAUGCUUCUCAGCCACUGGGAGAUGAGAGUCUGGUCGAAUGGGCUCGACCCCUUCUGAUCCAAGCAAUCGAAGAUCGGAAAUUUGGGGACCUUCCUGACCCAAGGAUGGAAAACAGGUUUGAUGAAAAUGAGAUGUUUCAUAUGAUAGGAGCUGCAGCUGCAUGCAUUCGACAUUCCGCAGCAAUGAGACCGCGGAUGGGGCAGGUGGUUAGAGCACUAGAUAGUUUAGCAGACUCUAACUUGAACAAUGGCCUUCAACCGGGCCGCAGCGAAGUAUUCUUAGAACCGCAAACCGAAGAGAUUAGAUUGUUCCAGCUGAGGGAAUUCGGCAGCCGGGAUUGUAGCGACGAGUUGAGCCAAGCUAGCUGGAGAAGUCGAAGAGAUUUGUGAACAGAUUCAGAACAAGAGCAUUAACAUUUUUUUGGUCAUUCUUUACAUGUAAUUAUCUCUUUUACAUGUUUUUCCCCCUCCCUGAGGCAAUUCUUGUUCCCCACGGAAUAAAUUUUGCAUUCUUUCAGGAGAUAAGUAAAUCCUCUUUUUUCAAUGAAGAAUAUAAAGAAAUGUGGCUCCUGGCAUUCUCUGAUAAAUAACAGUCUUGUUAUGCUCGUUCACUGCUUUUAGAGCAGCCAGUGGUCAAAUUGCUGCCCUGGCACUGCAAGUCUCUGUAAGGAUAAGGCUGUAAAGCUUACUGGUGGUUGCUUAGAAACUCUUCAGAGUCCAGGAGCUGUUUUGUGCACAAGUGCA